AUUUAAAUGUCAAGCGAGGAAGUUUUCACAGAAGAAGAUUACUCCGAAGAAGGAGAUUACUCAGACAUUGACUACGAAGAGCUCUACCAACAAGUCAAAGCAGGCAUGUACAAGCUAAGUGACUUUGAAGGGGACUGGCGCAAGAAAGGAAAGGUAAAGCCUAAGAAGAAGCCAAAGAAAAAGAAGCGUAAAUAUACCACUCCCGCAAAUAAAUUAUUUUCAGCAAAUCCAGUGCAGGAUGAUGAGGAAUCUGAUGAAGUCAUUAACAGUAAUUGCUUGCACAAUGAAAUUGAGUGAGAAGAAGUUGAGAAAUCCAAAGAUCUCUCCGUCUUUAAGAGGUUCCUAAACCUUGACAAAAACAAUGACACUGAUGGAUUAGAAGGCUUAAUCUCCCAGAAUCUUGGAGAAAAGAUUGAUAAAAAUUAAGCUAGCAGCGAAGAAAAUAGAGCUUAAAGCUAAUCUUCUUAAAGAAAGUCAAGCUGACUCCUCAAACGCAUCUGCUCUAGUAGGGAAUAGAAAUGAAGAGUUUAAAACACUUGAGGAUCCUGGCACUGAAACAGAAAUUGUGUUCAUUGACCCUGAAGAAGAGCGCAAAGCAAAAAUGGCUCAAAAGGAAGAAGAUAAAAAGAGAUCUCAUAACACCAAAAAGACCAUGCUGAAUUACAAUGGAAAUGAGGCUAUCAAGAAUCGGAAGAGAUUCAUCCAAUCUCUUAAUGACCAAGCUAAAUCUGAUGAUUCGAUCACUCUUCAUGAAGUCCAAAACUUAAGUGUCAGCAGGCCACUGAAUUACGAAGAACCCAUAAAAUCAGUAGAAAAGAUUCAGGAAGAAAUCAAUGAAAUCUUACAAAAGAAGGAGGAUGAUGACUAUAACCCAGAUGAUGAAGGUGUCCACAAAGUGCAUGACAAGCUCGAUGUUUCAGAUAUCUCCUACAAUGACCAAACUGAAGAGCAAAAGUGCUGAGCAGCUGAGCGGAGCUCACAGAAUUGCUCUUCAGGGACACCUUUGCUUCAGAGAGAAGAGCUGAAGCGAAGCUAUACUUAUUCUCUCCAAGCAAACUCCUGUGCUGAAGAAGAGUCAAAAGUUAGUGAAAUAGAAGCAGGCUUCAAUUUUCUUCAAGAAAAUGUUGAGCAAGUCAAAGCAGAUGCUGAAGAGGUCAAAUAAAGAGCUUGAGAAGGAAAUCUACCAAGAAAUGGACCAAAAAGCUGAAGAAAUUCAGAGAAAAUUAUUGGAGAAGCAGAAGAGACUAGCGAAGCUUCAGAAAAUCUCUGAUAGGAUCAAGAGAAGACGGAAUCAGUUCCAUCGAAAGACAAAAGAAGGUGAUUUGCUUAAAAUAAAAGAGACAAAACCAAAGCCACCUCCUAAAAAGAAUAGAUUGAGCUCACCUAAAAUCGAAUUUGGAAAAAUGUCAACCAGAAAAAGACAACUCCUCGAGCAAUGCAUUGAUAGUGAAGAGCGAAAAGAGGUACGAAAAAUGAUAGCUGAACGAGAUCACCGCACAAUGAAAAAGAAAUUAAAUGAAGCUACUUUAAAUCCCACUCAGCAGAGUGUUUCAACUUCAAACUUGAUCAGUACAUAUGACAAGGAGAAAGAGUCCCUCUACAGGAAGAAAUCAACAAAGAAACUUCGCAAAGGAUCAUUUAAAAGUAUCUUUUCUACCAAGAAAUCCAAUAAAAUUUCUAAAAUGUUUAAUCGUACUGGAAACUAACAAU